GCGCUAGCAACGACUGAAUCUAACAGUCAACAAAUACACGCAGAGACAAUGUUUCGACAAUUUUACGCAGAGCAGAAAAUGGCAGACCCUAGAGACAGUUGGUAUACACCAAAUCUGCUUUACAAUAUUCAUUAUAGACCACCGAAGCCACCAUCACCACCGAAGAUGAUGGUAGUUACAAGGGAGUUCAACCCAAGUGUCUGUACUUGCGGCGAACACGGUUGUGUCCCUCACUACAGGAUGGAGAGGGAAGUCAUUUGGUCAAAUAAAGAAGUCAGGAAAGAGGCAGAUAUAAAUGUAAAGGAAGUGAUUCAAGCUGAAGCAGAUGCCAAGCCACAAAUGGAAAGCUUCUCAGACUUAGAAGAUGACAGUAAUGAAGACGAGGAGGACGAUGCUAAUGGUAAAGAUGGCGAAGAAUGGAAAAACGAUGAAUCCUCUGGAGACAGACUUGGUGAUAUCAAAGAAGCUGAUAAUCUCACGAUCAUCGCAAAAUAUGAUGCAGAUAGUUUACCUAGACGUGACGACCUUACCAAGCAGAGCAAAACAGAACAUGAUGUGGUGCAAGCAAUUAGUGUUUCUUCUAUUAAACCGGAUGAAGACUACGAAGAAUUUGGUUCAUCCUUUGGCAUCAUGAGUGUGUACUGUAGUAGUGACCUGCAUAAAUGGAACUCGAUGGAUGAUUCAGUGACUGGGUGAAGCAUGUGAAAUAUUACAGAUUAUAAUAAUUUAUCAAAAUAUUUUGUUUUAACAUUUCCCGUUAAAUAAAUGUUCUUAUUUUA